AUGGCUAGUGUAGCUGCAUGGCUUCCAUUUGCUCGAGCAGCAGCUAUUGGUUGGGUACCAUUAGCAAAAAAUCCUUUACCACCACCACCAUUUCGUAUUCCAACAAAUGGUGCAUCAACAAGUAGUACUGAUCGUCGUUGUGAUGAAAAAAUCAUCAUAAAUGUUAGUGGUCGUCGUUUUGAAUGUUGGCGUUCAACAUUAGAAAAAUAUCCCGAUUCAUUAUUAGGUUCAAAUGAAAAAGAAUUCUUUUAUGAUGAAGAUACACACGAAUAUUUUUUUGAUCGUGAUCCUGAUGUAUUUCGUGUCAUAUUAAAUUUUUAUCGUACUGGUAAAUUACAUUAUCCAAAACAUGAAUGUAUAGCAGCAUAUGAUGAGGAAUUAGCAUUUUUUGGUAUAUUACCAGAUAUAAUCGGUGAUUGUUGCUAUGAAGAUUAUCGAGAUCGUAAACGUGAAAAUAAUGAACGACUUAUUGAUGAUCGUCUUCAUGAAGACGAAGAUAAAGCCCAACCAAAACCACAAUCAUUACGUGAAACAAUGUGGCGUGCAUUUGAAAAUCCUCAAGUAUCAACUAUGGCAUCUGUAUUUUAUUAUGUAACGGGAUUUUUUAUAGCCGUUAGUGUUAUUGCUAAUGUUCUCGAUACUGUAUCAUGUGGAACUGAUCCUGAAACAGGUUAUCCAAGAUCAUGUGGUGAACGUUUUUCUCGUCAAUUUUUUUGUCUUGAUACAGCUUGUGUUAUGAUAUUUACUGUUGAAUAUUUUCUUCGUCUAUAUGCUGCACCUGAUCGAUUGAAAUUUGUUCGAUCUGUUAUGUCUGUUAUUGAUGUUGUUGCUAUUAUGCCGUAUUAUAUUGGAUUAUUUAUGCAUGAAAAAGGCGAAGUUAGCGGAGCAUUUGUUACUCUUCGAGUAUUUCGUGUAUUUCGUAUAUUUAAAUUUUCUCGUCAUAGUCAAGGUUUAAGAGUAUUAGGUUAUACAUUAAAAAGUUGUGCUAGUGAACUUGGUUUUCUAUUAUUUUCAUUAACAAUGGCCAUUAUUAUAUUUGCUACUGUUAUGUAUUAUGCUGAAAAAAGUGUUAUUCAUACAAAAUUUACCUCUAUACCAGCUGCAUUUUGGUAUACAAUCGUUACAAUGACAACACUUGGAUAUGGUGAUAUAGUACCAAAAACUUGGGCGGGUAAAAUUGUUGGUGGUGUAUGUAGUUUAAGUGGUGUACUGGUCAUUGCUCUUCCAGUACCUGUUAUUGUAUCAAAUUUUAGUCGAAUUUAUCAUCAAAGUCAGAGAGCAGAUAAAAUGAAAGCACAAAGAAAAGCACGUCUAACACGUAUACGUUUAGCACGAAAUGCAACAAGUAAUGCAUUCGUAGCUGCUAAACGACGUCAUGAACAGUAUCUUAAUGAUCCAGAUGUUUCUGUUGAUAAAAAUCUUGUUAAUCCAUUUGAACUACAACAUCAUCAUUUACUUCGUUGUCUAGAAUUAACAACUGAUCGAGAAUUUAUUGAAAUGGGUCCAGAUGUAUUAAUGAAUAGUGGUGGUGGCGGAGCAAAUACUGCUGCCGGUGGUCAUUCAGCUACUGGCAUGGCUCGUUUAGGCUCACCUGCGAGACAUUUUAUAUUGAAUCGUCGUAAAUGGUGGUGUUGUGGAGUACGACGAAGAAAGAAAACGUCCUUCAAACACAGUAUUGAUCGCACAAAUAAUAAUAAUACUGCAACCAACGAGGAAGAACUUGAUGAAGAACUCGGCGAUUUUCAAUUACCUCUUUCAUUAACACCGCGUGCUUCAGGAUCAAUAGGUCAUACACUUACCACCGCCAAUGUGAUACAACAUCGACGAUCAACUUCAUCACAACAAAAUAUUGUACUUCAUUCCAAUCUAAAUGAAUCGCCAAAAUCAUAUGCAAAUCGUUUUGAUUUAAAUACGACAAAUGAUAAAGACGAAAUAAAAUCAACGAAACGUAAAACAAGUAGUUUAAUGACUGUUGAUGAACACGGUUCAAUAAAUGAUCUAAUAGCAACAGAUGCUUCACAACAGUUAAAAAUACCAACAAGUAUUAGUGAUAUAAUACAUCAACAAACAACUGAUGAAAAACAAAUGGUAUGA